AUGGAAAACACUUCAAUGAAUCAUAGCAAGUCACAUCCACCUUGUCUACCGCGGGAUAUCUAUUCCCUUGAUCUCGAUCGUAGCUCAGUUAACAGCAACGACUUCAUCAUGACUUUCAUCAUUAUCAAUGCUAUGCUUGCUUUUAUUUCUUCAUGCAACAAUUUUGUGAUUAUUUACACUAUAGCAAGAACAGCAUCCAUUCAAGUUCCUUCGAAUAUCCUUGUUCUUGGCUUAGCCAUAUCUGACUUUGGAGUUGGCAUACUCGCACAGCCUGCAUACAGCAUCUUUAAGUUCUUCGAGAUGAAGCGUUCUGUUUCUCUUUACUGUACGUUUGGUUUGGUUUACAGCUACAGCUAUUGGACUCUUGCAACUGUUUCCUUUUUCACUUUAACAGCCAUAACAGUAGAUCGAUUCCUUGCCGUCCAUAUUCAUUUACGAUACCAAGAGCUUGUCACUGUCAGAAGAUACGGCAUCCUUCUUGGUUGUAUUUGGGUCAUUAGUUCAGUUACUUGUGUUUGUCGAAUGCAACUUUCCCAUAUGUUAUUCAUCCGAGUCGUUGGAGUUCUCUCGCUUGUAUUUUUAAUAACAUUGAAUCUUUAUUUCCUCAUCAAAAUAUUCCAAGUAAUUUGCCGGCACUCAAUACAGAUCCAAGCUCAACAGCAAUCAGUACAACAGUCUAUAGACAUGCCCAGAUACAAGAAAUCUGUCAAUACCAUGUACUAUGUGAUUGGUGCGUUCUUGGUGUGUUAUGUCCCAUAUGUAGGAACAAUGAUUGUCUAUAUUGAUGCCAGUAAGAAGAUAACACAGCACAAGUUGAUGUUGUUGGUGGUUACACAAACGCUUGUCAUGUUAAAUGGAAUGUUAAAUCCAAUCAUUUACUUUUGGAGAAUCCAGGAGAUACGUCAUUCGGCUUUCCAAUUGUUUCGAAAAAGCUUCGGCAAUUUCCAGUCAUGAAAUUAAAGCUGCAAAUUGCCAUCACAGUUCAUCUUUUUAUUACUGGGUUGCCUGGGUUCCGUUUUUCUGUCUACUGUCUCCUAUAUAACGAAAAAAUAAGAGGCCGGAUGCAUCCUAAGCAAUCGUUAACUCAAGACUCAAGCGAAUUGAUAUAAAAAUUCCCAAGUACCUACGUUUUAUUUAUCUACUUUCUACAGCUGUACUAGGCCUCUGUGCAUGAUACAAACAACCCAGUGAACGCCUAUAGGGCGUC